GUUCAUCGUUGUUCAUCGUUCAUCAUUGUUCAUCGUUCAUCAUUGUUCAUCGUUGUUCAUCGUUCCUCGUUGUUUAUCGUUCAUUGUUCAUCGUUGUUCAUCGUUCAUCAUUGUUCAUCGUUGUUCAUCGUUCAUCGAUCCUCGUUCCUCGUUGUUCAUCGUUCAUCGUUCAUCGUUGUCCAUCGUUGUCCAUCAUUGUUCAUCGUUGUUCAUCGUUCAUCGCUCAUCACUUAUAACCUAUAACUCAUCGUCUAUUGCCCAUCAUCACCUAUCAAAUAACCAUUGCCCAUAAUCUAGCGCCCAGCACCAAUCGUCUGUCGCUCAUAGUUCAUAACUAGACUGCGGAUCUUUAUGCAAAAUAAAAUCCUCGCGAGUGUUCCUUCAAAAAUUGAACUUAAAUAGGAAUUUAUUUUAUUCUACAAAUAUUAUAACAUGAACUUUACUUUCAAUCUUUUUUAUAUUUUUGCAUAUUGUUUGCAUUUUGUAGUUUCUUGCAUAUUCAAAUUUCCUAUAAAUCCAUAAAGAUCCACAGUCUAUUCAUAACCUAUCAUCUAUCGCCCACCAUCCCUCGCUAAUCUCCCAUGUUCCGUAACCCAUCGAUAGAUAUACAACGUAGAAUAUUCUCGAAAGUUUCCUCGAGUAAAACAUGUAAAUUUCUUAGUCUACCCUUAACCCUUUGACGUCCUAUGUCGAGCGAGACUCGACAGAACCGAAAUCAGAAAAUCUGGACUCCAAAGGGAUAAAAAGCUUCUCUUGGAUUCCUGUAAACUUUCCUAAUUAUAAUAUGGUAACGAUACAGGUCGUAUACAAUACUGGUCACACAAUGGCAGGAUAUACCACUCUAUGGUGCAUGCACGGCUGCUACGAUAAAGCGUUAGUAACGAUAGAAAAAGGCCUAGACUGUAAUCCUUACAAUCCAGGAUUCACUUUAUUAAAAGCAAUAGUCCUGCGAUUAUCUGGCCGACUCGGGGAGGCGAACUCCUGGUUGGAAGACGUUAGCAAAAAUUUCUACAAACUCGCCGAGUCCUCCAAGGACACGCAGGAGUCGAUCAUGGGAAAGCUUACGAUUGAUAAAACCAGAAAAGAAUUGAUUAAACAGUGGUACUUGAUACGGUACGAUGAGGCGGUGGAAUGCAUCCUAAACGAUAAACUCGAAACAGCGGCGCGCAUCAUUUAUAGCAGUAAACUCACCAAAUAUUUCACGGAAGCGUAUAUUUUACUCGGUGACAGUUUCUUUAGACGCGGAAACGACGACUUGGCGUUGGAGAUGUACCUGAAAUGCCGCGAAAAAAUGCGGAAGCUUCGUCUACCGGCUUCUCGAAAUGCUAUCGAUGUAACGGAACGCAUAAUCGAUAUCCUGAACGAUCGCGCGAAAAUAGCGGUAUCUAAGGGGCACUCGAAAGAUGCUAUUAUUCUAACCAAGCAGGUUCUUCGAAUACUCGACGAGGAUCAAGUGGAAUUAAAUAAAUUAGGACCUCAACGAGGCUGUGCACUUUUACACAAAGCUCGUGGGCUUUUUCAAAUGGAAAUUAAGUCGAAAGAACGCAGUAAAGAGUGCUGCGAAUCGGUAGCCGACAGCUUGAGAUUCCUGCGCGAAUUAUGCGAUACGGGGCUCUAUCGAUCUUUGUAUGGCAAUCGAUGUACAGAAGACACCAUUGACAAAUUCGCGCCAAAACGAAAACUCCCGCGCUCGCUUAAAAUUCUGAUGCAAUAUUCUUAA